AUGUUCAAGCAUAUUAAAACCCGGAAAUUGAAAUUAUCUAUCUAUCUAUCUAUCUAUCUAUCUAUCUAUCUAUCUAUCUAUCUAUCUAUCACAAUCUUCUAUUCGUCUCUCUCUCUCUCUCUCUCUCUCUAUCUAUCUAUCUAUCUCUCUCUCUGUUUAUAUUUAUCUAUCUCAAUCUGUUCAUAUCUAUCUAUCUAUCUAUCUAUCUAUCUAUCUAUCUAUCUAUCUAUCUAUAUAUCUCAUACUUGCAUAUUCGGAUUUUUGUUUUUCCAUAUUUUUCUUCUAUCUAUCUAUCUAUCUAUCUAUCUAUCUAUCUAUCUAUCUAUCUAUCUAUCUCAAUCUGUUCAUAUUUAUCUAUUUCAAUCUAUCUAUCUAUCUAUCUAUCUAUCUAUCUAUCUAUCUAUCUAUCUAGUAGUAGUUGCGUAUAUACCACCGUCUACUGUCACAGCAUUCUUUCUUUCUUUCUUUCUUUCUUUCUUUCUUUCUUUCUUUCUUUCUUUCUUUCUAGCACCCGGUUGUAUUCCAGUAUACUGUCACUGCAUUCUUUCUUUCUUUCUUUCUUUCUUUCUUUCUUUCUUUCUUUCUAGCACCCGAUUAUAUUCCAGUCUACUGUCAUGUCUUUCUUUCUUUCUUUCUUUCUUUGUAGCAUCCGAUUUUAUUCUUGUCUACAGUUAUGUCUUUCUUUCUUUCUUUCUUUCUUUCUUUCUUUCUUUCUUUCUUUUAACUCUGUUUUCCCUCACAUUCCUUCUUUAA